UCUUGGCAUCCAACGUCGCUCCGUCUGGCCACCGUUGAUCUUCCAAAUAUGCAGUGCACUGAACCAACAUGAUCAUGAAGCACCUUAUCGUGACCCUCACUGGAUGGGCCUGCCUUCGGGCUGUGUCUGGUGCGCCCAUUGCUCGUGGAAAGGCAUUUGACCGCUUCAUCACCAUCUGGCUCGAAAACCAGGAUUACUCCAAGGUCGUUGCUGACAGCAGCAUCACCGAUCUCAAGAGGCAGGGCAUUCUGCUGACCAGAUACUACGCCCACACCCACCCCAGCCAGCCCAACUACCUGGCUGCCGUCGGCGGCGACUACUUUGGCCUCAACCACGACAACUGGGUGCGCAUCCCCGAGAAUGUCGCAACUGUCGCCGACCUGCUGGAGGACAAGGAGAUCACAUGGGCCGGCUACUUUGAGGACCAGCCUGGCCCGGGCUACAUGGGGAAUGCCAGCGACGGCUCGACAGGCAACGGCGGCUGGGACUACGUCAGGAAGCACAACCCAUUUGUGUCGUAUGACAGCAUCAACAUGAAUGGCGAGCGCCUGCUGAACCUCGACUCGUUCGAUGCCUUCCAACGCGCAUUCGCCGCAAAGAAGGUGCCGCAGUUCGUCUUCAUGUCACCAAACAUGAUGAACGACGGUCAUAACUCAACCCUGGAGACCGCCACAAAAUGGUCGCACGGGUUCCUCGAGCCCCUGCUCGCCGAAAACGCUUUUGACGAGUUGACCCUGAUUGCCCUCACCUAUGACGAAUCAGAAACGUACAGCGAGCCGAAUCACAUUGUCACCCUGCUCCUUGGAAGCGCCAUACCACCGGCCCUCAAGGGUACCGAGGACGACACCUUCUAUACUCACUACAGCAUACUCUCAACCGUUCAGGCGAACUGGGGCCUACAUAACCUCGGCCGGUAUGAUGUUGGCGCAAAUGUAUUUCGGUUUGUGUCCGACAUGGUGGGGUACACCGGCAACAAAGAUCCGGAGAAUGCAGCCGCCGUGAACAACUCUGUGUCGUACCCCGGCGUGCUAAACGACGACGAUUCAAAACGGUUGCCGAUCCCAGCGCCAAACACAAAGCUUAUCGGCGCAGGCGGCUUGCCUAUUUUGCCCUCGAUCGAGAAGGCAUGGUCAGGGACCAAGAGAUGGCAGACGCCAUACGACGGCAGUGGAAGGGUGUUCGAUGGAGACAACCCGCCUGUGUAUAUGCAACCAACAGUCAAUUCAUCUUAGAUGGCGACUAUCUUUCUGCUAAGCGCUUGCUCCGUCUGUUCCUGCUGCCCGUGACCGGCCACCCCUCAUCUUUCUGUCAGACAGAAGGCGUUCCCGCGCCGUGCUUUGGUGAGUCCUUGUAUCAAGAACGAGCGUCACGUCAUGCAGAUGUCGUCAUUCUAUGCACGCCUCGCCCUGUACAAUCCAGCCCUGGUUUGUUCGUUAGCGCGGCAC